GAGUGUGUGUAUGUGCGGUAGUGUCUGUUUGACCUUCAGAUCGCACGUUGCAGAGGAUUCUGGAGCUUCGGACGCCAUAGCCAGGCACCCCGAAUCGCCGAGCAGUAACCAGGACUGGUAACCCAAAUAGAAAUCUGCAGAGGAGUGAGUCGCUUCUUUCUUUUAGGUAUCUGUCUGGACUUGGGUUUCUGGCGAUCGUCGCUUCAGCAGUCAUGAAGCUGUCAACAUGGGAGCUGCCGUCGGCCAUGACGUUGUUCGUCUUCGUGCUGCUCACUUACUUCUUGGUCAUAUCAGGGUUCGUGUACGAUGUCAUUGUGGAGCCGCCGGGAAUUGGAAGCAAGCAGGAUCCGAUCACGGGAGCGGUGCAGCCCGUGGUGUUUCUUCCCGGUCGUGUGAACGGACAGUACAUCAUCGAGGGGCUGUCUUCUGGGUUUAUGUUCGUGCUGGGCGGAGUGGGGCUGAUCAUGAUGGACCUUGCCUGUGAGAAGGCUCAACCUCGCAAUGUGCGUCUCUCGUUUAUGGGAGCUGGCGUGGGCUGCGUUUUCGUCUCGUACAUGAUGAGCAUGUUGUUCUUGCAUAUCAAGAUCCCUUCCUACAUGCGGUGAUGUCGUUCGCCUCGAACAUUUAGUGUUGGCUGUCCAUGCUGGACGCGGUAGUAGAGAAUGUGCUCUUCGUUUCUGUCAGUAUUCGAGCAAUUUUAUGGGAUCGAGUUGAGUGUGAGCUUAAACCCUAAAAUGCCAUAUCAAGUAGCCUAUGGAUAUGGAAACCCUAUUUUUUGGGACGUUUUAUAUUGUAGAUGAGACCCUGCAGGCGUGGUUUACGCCUGUUUCUUGCUUCCAAGCUCCAACACUUCGAGUAAUAAUUUUGUUCUAACAUAUCUUUCUUAAUUGGCCGUGUCUUCACGUCUGUCAUUGAGAAAGAAUUGUAACUUAUAAGAGCUUCGUAUUCA